GCGACUCCGUGCGUGCAGUGAACCGAUAUCAGAGAACAAUCUGAACUCUACUGUAGAUGCACGGACUGGAUGAAACCAAUCACAUUUCAUUUAAUGCUGCACAGAUGCAACAAGAAAUCCAGUUUCUUAAUCAGAACGCUUUGUACUCUCAUUCUGACGGCACCCAUCCACUGCAGAGCAUCCAUUGAUGAGACACUGAUGCAAUGCUACAUUUCUACAAACCUGAUGAAGAAACACACUCAUCUUAUGUUUGGAUGCAGCGGCUCCAGAUCAAGGUGCAGCUCGUUUCGGAGGAUCGUCUCAGCCAAAUCUGCAGCUGAAGUUGAGCUCGGUCAUGACAGAGUCACCUGAUUCCCCGCCGGAUGGCAGUCCGCUCAUCAGCGCCGCUCGGCUGGGAAAACUGCGCUUGGUUCGUCUCCUGGUGGAGGGAGGAGCGCAGGUCAACGAGAGGAACCAGCGAGGAGAGACGCCUCUGCUGGCCGCCUGCCGAGCUCUGCGGGGCGAUCAGUCUGGAUCCAGCAUGCUCAGACUCAUCCAGUAUCUCCUUCACCACCAGGCCGACCCCAGUGUCCAGGACAAGACGGGCCGCACGGCUCUGAUGUACGCCUGUAUGGAGCGGGCCGGGCCGGGUGUGGCGUCGGCUCUGACCGCGGCGGGCGCAGAUCCCAGCACGGAGGACUACGCCGGAGGCUCGGCGCUCGUUUACGCCAUCAACGCCCACGAUCAGGACACACUCACAGUGCUGCUGGACGCCUGCAAAGCCCAGGGACGAGACAUCAUCAUUAUAUCCACCGAUCUGAGCUGCGACCCGCAUGUCCCUCCGUCGCCCGACAGCUCGCCCGUCUCCUGCAUGUCGCCCUCGGACAUCGAGCUCAAGACCAGCUCUCCCAACUCUGAAGGCGAGAACAUUUUUAACUUUCGAGGAGGCGGUGAGGUUUCUCCCGAACUUUCGAGGAGCGAGACUCGCGGUCGGCAGCGUUUGCGCUCGGAGCCGUGGCUGGGCGUCGAAAACCUGGGCAAUCUCAGCCAGCGCUGCGAGAAAAACACAGAAGAGGAGGAGAACCAAGAGCACGGGCUUUAUCUUCCCACCGAUUUGAAGUUUAAAUCAGAGCAGCUCCAGAGCAGAAGAAACACACUUCCAGAUCUUCUUCAGCCGCCGGUCCUUAAACUCACUCCGUCCAGAUCCGACACUCACUUGCACCGGGAUCCGUGCGCUCCGAGGUUCCCCUCCAUCUACAGGAGCAGUUCUCUGCUGCUGGCUCCUCCUGACGCGCUUCACGAGCUCCACACGGCGAACAGAAAGAAGACGAGAGAGCAGAUGAGAGAUCACGGUGGAUUCUUGCCUCCUCUUCCUGGUGUUUCUGUGAGGAACGUGUGCAGAGAUCCGACCCCAGCCCCGGCUCCUUUCCGACGGGAAGCUCACGGUACGAGGAAGGAAAGCUCGGAGAUGCUCUCCUGUUGUGAAAUGUCUUCUAAUAAAACCGAGACUAUUACAUUAUACCAGUCAAAGGUUUUCCAACAGUAAGAUGUUUGUAUGGUUUUAAAGAAGUCUCUUCUGUUCACCAAGCCUGCAUUUAUUUAUUUGUACAACAAAACAGUAAAAUUGUAAAUAUUUUUGCUAUUUAAAAUAACUAUUUUCUGUUUAAUUUAAUUUUAAAACGUAAUUUUUGUCCCCGUUUUCAAAGCUACAUUUUUAGCAUCAUUACUCCAGUCACACGAUCCUUCAGAAAUCAUUCUAAUAUUCUGAUUAAGAAACAU